AUGCGCAGCGUGUCCGGCCGCGGAACCGCGCGCUGCCACGCGCAGGCGCGCGCUAGCGGCCGCGCGCGCCCGGCGCUGAGGUCGUUCCGCGCCCCUGCGCAGCGGCGACGCAACCUUGUGUGCCAUCAGUCCCGCCAGGCAGGAAACGGCCUCCGCGCGACGUCCCUGGACGCUCCCGUCCAGCAGACGCAGCGCGAUGCGGUGAGCGAGGAGUGGUUCCGCUGGGACAGGCACUGGUGGCCCGUGGAGCUGCUGUACAACGCCGAGGACGCGGACCCUGCUAGGCCUCUGCGCACGACGCUGCUGGGCGAGGAUUUCGUGCUGUGGAAAACAGGCGGCCAGUGGCGCGCAGCACGCGACGCGUGCCCACACAGGCUGGCGCCGAUGAGCGAGGGGCGCGUGGACGCGGAUGGCACGCUCGUGUGCUCCUACCACGGCUGGCGCUUCUCCGAGAGCGGCAACUGCGUCGACAUCCCCCAGGCGGACACGGAGGCGGCUUUGCGCACCGCAUGCAGCAGCCCCCGCUCGUGCCUGUCGACGGUGCCGGUGCGCGCGUUCGCCGGCGCGCUGUGGCUCUGGCCCGACGGCACGCCCGAGGGCGCCGCGGUGGCCGACGCCACCCCCCCCGUGGUGCCUGUCGGGUUCGACGAGUUUAUGGAGUACUCUGGACGAGUCAACCCUGAGUCAACCCGCGGUUAUACCAGGCUGCUGCCGUACGGGUACGACGUGCUCGUGGAGAACCUCGCGGACCCGUCGCACAUCCCGGUGUCGCACCACAAGGUGAUGCCGGGGGUCACGCGCGACAACGCCACGCACCUCCGCAUGAGCGAGGACGCGUUCGUGCACGAGUGGGGCUGGGCGACCGCGCAGCGCGACGGCGCGGCGUCCGCCACCGCGGCGCUCGCUCCGCCGAUCGGGGCCUUCUCGUUCAACAGCGUGUUCAAGCCGGGCAACCACGGCCACGUGGAGGUGCGCGGGCCGAGCUUGAUCGAGUACCGGUACGCGGACUCGGCGGACGUGCGGGAGGAGAAGUGGAUUUCGACAGUGCUGAUGGCGGUGCCGGUCGCGCCGGGCCGCAGCCGCGCGUUCGUGUUCGGGUGGAACGCAAAGGAUCAUGCGGCGGCCGUGGCGGCGCGGAGCGAGGCCGGCGGCGAGGAGGGCGGGGGCACGAAGAGCGGGAGCUUCGUGGGGGGCGGGGGGGGCCUGCGUCAGGUGGUGUUUGGGCUUCUACCCAAGUGGAUCUUCCAUAUGCUGUCGCACAAGAUCUUCGACAGCGACGGAGUGUUCCUGCACAUGCAGGACAAGCAGCUCAGGCACCGCGGUGGGCGCUGGGCUUCGGCGUACUACUGCCCGACGUCUGCGGACAAGGCCAUCAUCGCGUUCCGCAAGUGGCUCGACGGGCCGGGCGGCGGCGGGCCGCAGUGGGCGCCGGGCACGCCCGCAGCGGACGAACGAGAGAUCCCGCGCGAGGUGCUGCUUGACCGGUACACCUCGCACACGAGGGACUGCAAGGUGUGCAAGAAGGCGUCGGCGCUGCGGCAGUCCUUCAUGUUCGUCGACUGGGUGCACGCCGACGUCAAGUAA